UUCUCUACCAGGCUUUUUUCUGCCUCAGUCGAGUGUCCGCUAACUUCUUAUCAAACAAAAGACGAAGUUGGGUGCGACUUCAGUCUAACAAACAACGGUAACCGCGCAUAUUCCGUGCUAAAAUGGAACACACCGCUGAACGACCUAGCCGUGAACGGUCUGACUGUCAGCCGAGACGGAACAGAGCUUAGUCCAGAAGGUAUAAUGAUGAAGAGAGAAGAUCCCGGCGCAGGCGCUUUCUUGACCAUUGCCGCUGGGGAAACCGUCUCGUCAAAGUUCGAUCUUUCUUCUGAAUACGACACUACUAAAGCUGGAACAUACACUGUAGCAGUAGACCUGUACCUGGAAUACGUCGAGGGAAGUGCUGGAAGUCUGCAAGAAACUAAGCUAUUUUAUCUUUCUUCUCCAGCUGUUAGUUUCCAAGUAGUUCAAAGCAAUCAAUCUAAGAGAAAAUGA